GAAGAUACUACUCGAAACUCGAGUUGCGUGUGAAGGAAUGAGCACAUGUAUUGUAUAGACCCCCAUAUACAAAUUAUACACAGCGAGUCCAUAACGUGAUACGCUGAUUUCGGCUUUUCCACGUGAUCUCCUCCAUGCCUCCGCCCCUUUCCGUUCAUCCAACUAGCAACUACAGUAGACUGGCUCACUCGCAAUAGAAGCAGUAGUCAUACUCUCUCUCUCUCUCUCUCUCUCUCUCUCUCUCUCUCUCUCUCUCUCUAGACUCGUCGGUUCAAUUGUCAACAGUCAUUCAAGGGGUUCAGUUCGGAAGUAGAUCGAUUUUAUCCGGUUACACCUCCGAUAAUGAAGACAACCAAAGUACCAAUCUUGAAUCCUCCUCUUGUCACGUUUGAACAUAAGAGAGAUGCCUAUGGUUUUGCAGUGAGACCUCAGCAUGUACAGAGAUACCGGGAAUAUGCAAAUAUCUACAAGGAGGAAGAGGAAGAACGGUCAGAUAGGUGGAAAGACUUUCUGGAAAGGCAAUCAGAGGGUGCUCAAUUGCCUGUAAAUGGUGGUUCUGAUAAAGCCCCAGAAGGAGAUGAUUUGAGCAGUGAGAAGCCUGGCCAUGAUGAUUUAAAACCUCAAGAAGAUGAAGUUUCUGAGACUAAGUCUCAUGGGGUCCAAAUAUGGGCUCAUAUUAGGCCAUCACUUAGAGCCAUUGAGGAUAUGAUGAAUGCUCGUGUUAAGAGAAAGAUUAGUGGGACAAAAACAGAUGAAGAUCCUGAAACUGAAAAUGUUGCUUCUGUUGAGGACUCUGAGGAUGAGUUUUAUGAUUUGGACAAGCCAGAGUCAGACACAACUCCAGAUAUCCCUGCAAGUGAUGGUGUCACUCCCUCAAUUCCAGCUGCUGAUGGCACUGCUGCCCCACAGGAAUCUUCAAUUCCAUGGAAACAGGAAUUGGAGUUUCUUGUCCAAGGUGGAGUGCCAAUGGCUCUUAGGGGAGAGCUAUGGCAAGCUUUUGUGGGUGUCAAGGCUCGUCACAUUAAGAAUUACUAUCAGAAUCUUCUACUUUCUGAUAGUAAGACUGAUAACAAUGUGGAUCAGCAAAUUCAAGAAGUAGAUGAAGCAAGUAAGGACUCAAAGAAUGACUCCAUGAACGCACCUGAGAAAUGGAAACUUCAGAUUGAAAAGGACUUGCCUCGGACUUUUCCAGGUCACCCUGCUCUAGAUGAAGGUGGUAGAAAUGCUUUGAGACGUUUACUCACAGCAUAUGCUCGCCAUAACCCCUCUGUUGGCUACUGCCAGGCCAUGAAUUUUUUUGCUGGCUUAUUACUUCUUCUGAUGCCUGAAGAAAAUGCCUUUUGGGCUUUAAUGGGUAUUCUUGAUGAUUAUUUCGAAGGCUAUUAUUCAGAGGAAAUGAUUGAGUCUCAGGUUGACCAGCUUGUUUUUGAGGAGUUGGUGCGUGAGAGGUUUCCUAAAUUAGUUAACCACCUAGAUUACCUAGGAGUCCAAAUCGCAUGGGUCUCUGGACCAUGGUUCCUUUCACUGUUUAUGAAUAUGCUUCCCUGGGAAAGUGUUCUUCGAGUCUGGGAUGUACUUCUAUUUCAAGGGAAUCGAGUCAUGCUCUUUCGAACAGCUCUAUCAUUAAUGGAGUUAUAUGGACCUGCAUUAGUGACAACAAAGGAUGCUGGGGAUGCAGUGACACUGCUGCAGUCACUAGCAGGGUCAACAUUUGACAGCAGUCAACUUGUUUUGACAGCUUGCAUGGGUUAUCAAAAUGUGAAUGAAGAGAGACUUGAAGACUUAAGGAACAAACAUCGGCCAGCUGUUGAAGCUGCUCAAAUAGAAAGAACAAAAGGACUUCAUAUGUGGAGGAAUUCCCAGGGAGAUGUGGAGAUUGAUUCCCUUCCAGAUCUUCAAGAACAGGUUGUGUGGCUAAAGAAUGAGCUGUGCAAAGUACUAGAGGAAAAAAGAUCUGCAAUAAUCAGAGCUGAAGAGUUGGAAACUGCUUUAAUGGAGAUGGUCAAACAGGAUAAUCGUCGAGAAUUAAGUGCAAAGGUUGAGCAAUUAGAGCGGGAUGUUGCUGAGCUACAACAGGCUCUUGCUGACAAACAAGAACAAGAGAACGCCAUGAUUCAGGUUUUGAUGCGGGUAGAGCAAGAGCAAAAGGUAACAGAAGAUGCUCGCAGAUAUGCUGAGCAAGAUGCUGCAGCCCAGAGAUAUGCCACUGAAGUGCUUCAGGAAAAAUAUGAAACAGCGACUGCUUCCCUUGCUGAAAUGGAGAAGAGAGUGGUUAUGGCAGAAUCAAUGUUGGAGGCAACCUUGCAAUACCAGUCUGGCCAAACAAAAGCACAGCCUUCUCCAAGAUCUGCAAAUCAAGAUUCAUCAACAAUAAGAACAAGUCAAGAACUGACACAAGAGAUACCUGCAAGAAAGAUUAGUCUGUUAUCAAGACCAUUUGUGCUGGGGUGGCGUGACAAGAACAAGGCAAAGCCAGCAGAAGAGCAUGUGGUGGGUGUAAAGGCUACCACUGCCACUACUACUACUACUGUUGAUGAACCAAGUCCAAAACAUGUGGAAAAUCUACAGCUCGAUGUUAAGGCUGCUAUUGGUGGUGAAGAAGAAAACCUUAAACUUGUGCAGGAAGAACACCAUGAUCAUAAUGGUCAUGAAAUGGAGCAGGUAUCGUUGACCACCCUUGACUCAUGAUGGAUCAUACACUCAAGGAAAACAUCAUUAUCUUGUGUUUAUGUUGGUUUUGACUUUUGAGGGAGAAGCGUACAU